AUAAUGAACAUUUUCGCACCGAAGUUUCACUGAACUUUUCCGACGACUCGCCAUGUCGGGAGUGGUCCGCACCCUGAGCCGCUGCCUGCUCCCGGCCGAGGCCGGCCGAGACCCGGGCAGCAGCAAGGACAGGAGUCGGCAGAGGGACGCGGCGCAGGAGCGGGAGGCGCGGCGCAGGAGCAGGGAGAUCGACAAGAUGAUCGACCGGGAGAGGAGAGCCGUCCGCCGGCUGGUGAAGAUUCUGCUGCUGGGGGCCGGAGAGAGCGGAAAGUCCACAUUUCUCAACAGAUGCGAAUCAUUAACGGGCAGGAGUUUGACCAGAAGGCACUUCUGGAUUUCCGAGACACUAUCUAUGAGAAUAUACUAA